AUGCUUUUUGAGGAUGCUAAGUUACAUUCUUCACGCCUGGUAUCUAUUAUUCUUCACUACCUAAAAUUACAAGGGUAUGUAGUGAAACUAAGUGCUGCUGAUUCACUCAAAGGUAAAUUACUGCUUUCUGAGCUACAGGUUCCAAUCCACACAACUCUUCUGUAUACAGCUUUAUGGAUUAAGUGGGAGCUGCCUCCAGAGGGUUUUCUUAAAGCCAACACAGAUGGAGCUUCUCAUGGCAAUCCUGGAGAAGCUGGGGGAGGGGUUGUUCUGCGUAAUCAAUGGGGACAGUUGGUAGUUGCGCUUGAUGGUUUGACUCUGUUGGAGGACUAUGGCUUGUCAGCUUAUCCAUUUAUCAUUGAAUCAGAUUCUCUAGUCUUAUUGGAUAUGAUUUCUGCCAGGAAAGGGGUUAUAGAUAAGGCGGAUCUUCGGAUUGAUUCACCUAAUUCUUUACUAGCCCAAGCAAGAUUUUUGGUUUUACAGGAUCAGAUGCAAAUUAAAACAGCAAGAAAGAAGAGGUUCUGGGUUCAUUCCCCACAUAACCAAGGGAUGGCAUCCUUAGAAUGUUGGAAUUCUCUUCAGCUUCCAGAUUCAGUCUAUCUCAGUAGGACUUUGCAACUGAUUGGUACACAAUGGCUGUCUCGAAUUUCUGGAAUCUCAAUCGUCAUUUUCAGGAACUUUAUGGCUGGAUCCUCAUCUUCUUCGACUCAGGAAAUUCAUUCUCUCAACGACUAUAGGUAUUGGCUGUUCAUGCUUCUCUCUGGUUUCUUUAACAAAGCCUCUUGGUUUCUCUUCGUCUCUGCAGCGGGAUCUUCUUGCUGGAGAUUUAUUUUCUGGAUACUCAUCACACCAUCAGUGGGGAGAAUCUCUUCUCAUGGACUUCUCUGGCUCUGUUCAGUGGUUUCACUAGCCAUGUCCAUUGGUUUUCUCGGGAGGCUCUAUCGUGGUUUUUUCUGUGGACUCCUCUUUAUUUGGAUCUGGGCUUUAAUGGCGAUUUGCUGCUGGAUGUUGCCUACCUAUCUGAUCAGAACGCUUUACUUCUAUGAGGGGAUCUUGCUGGAUAUUCAUCUUCUCCAGUUUCCAGUCGACUUCUUCAUUGGAUUUCUCUGUAAUAAGUUGCACUGUGCUGGAUAUUCACCUUCAACUGUUCUAAGAAGGAGAGAACAUGGCAGAGAGCUGGACAGACUUUUUUGUGGUUCGGAGAUUUUCUCUGAUCUUUGUUCUGAGACUGGUCAUCUGCCUAACAGUGGGAUUAUCAAUCUGCCCACUUCUCGGGCGUCUUAUCAGCGACCUUCUCAGACCAAUAACAUAAUCUUAUCAGCUGUCUUCUCAGCAGACUUAUCAGAUUUAAUGCCUUAUCAGAUCAGUGGCCUCUCAAUUGCCCUUAUCAGAUCAGUGUCUCCUCAUCUGGCCUUAUCUGAUAAACUUUAUCUCUAG